GUUGAAAUUUUGGAAGUACGCUGGCGCAUAGUAUCGCAUCCUGCAAGCCGACAGUGGUAUCGAAACGGCUUUCACUGCUUAGUAGUUCGAAGUGGGUGUGACCUCAGCAGUACAGUUCAUCCUGCUACUCUUGUUUUCAUUCGUCACACGAAUUUCACGCCAAAAUGAGCCAACAACAGUACUAUCCAUUCAAGUGUACUCCCACGGUGUACCCCGCCGAACCCUUCGACCCGGUCGAGGAUGCCGCCACUUUGAAAAAAGCCAUGAAAGGCAUGGGGGCUGACGAAAAAGUCAUCAUCGACGUUCUAGCUCGUAGAGGAAUCGUCCAACGACUCGAAAUUGCCGAAACAUUUAAAACCUCCUAUGGCAAAGACCUAAUCUCCGAACUGAAAAAAGAACUUGGGGGAAAAUUCGAAGACGUCAUUGUCGCUCUUAUGACACCAUUACCCCAGUUCUACGCCAAAGAACUCCACGACGCCGUUGAGGGAAUGGGCACCGACGAGGAGGCCAUCAUCGAAAUCCUUUGCACUCUGUCCAAUUAUGGCAUCAGGACGAUAGCGCAGUUUUACGAAAACAUGUACGGAAAAUCCCUCGAGUCUGACCUCAAAGGUGACACUUCCGGCCAUUUUAAGAGACUUCUCGUGUCUCUCUGCCAAGCAAAUCGCGACGAAAAUCAAGGGGUAAACGAAGCUCAAGCCACCGCGGACGCCGAAGCCUUAAUUGCCGCCGGCGAGGGCAAAUGGGGAACUGAGGAAUCUCAAUUCAAUCAAAUUUUAAUCACACGAAGCUACCAACAACUCAGGGCCACUUUCGCUGAAUAUGAGAGACUGGCAGGACACGAUAUUGAGUCUGCAAUCAAGAAGGAAUUCUCGGGAAGCAUUCAGAAAGGACUGCUCGGCAUCGUCAAAUGUGUGAAGAGCAAAGUUGGAUAUUUUGCUGAGCGUUUGCACGACAGCAUGGCUGGGAUAGGCACCACCGACAAAACUCUAAUUCGCAUCAUUGUCUCCAGGUCGGAGAUUGAUCUGGCCGAUAUCAAACAGGCCUUUUUGGACAAAUAUGGAAAAACUCUGGAGAGUUGGAUUUCUGGCGACACCUCCGGAGAUUACAAGAAAGUCCUUCUGGCCAUCGUUGACUAAUUCACCACUACCUCUCUGUAAAACGCACCAUUACUAUAGCUUCAUCAAUACUGCCAUUCACUUAAAAUAAUCGUCCCAAUAAUCGGCACUCAACGUGUUAUUUUUCUAUAUUGCAGGAUGAUUUGGGUGGAGACCUCAGUUAUUUGUUGGUAACUUUAACAGCUGGUUAAAGCUCAGGAUUACAACUCGACGAUUCAAUUAUUCUAAGCUUAUUGUAUUCGAUUUAGACCUUAGUUUAGUGGCCUUAAAAACUCAGAGCUUUAUAUUUAUAAUGUUAAAGAUGUUACUAAUUAAUUUUAUCGAUGAAGUAAAUUUAAAUCUAGGAGAGGGUGCGGGCAUUUCUUUUUUAUGUAUGAGAGUAUUUUUUGUGAUGAUUGUUUAUAAAUGUGCUUAAGUGGUGCUUAAAAUUAAAACUAUAUUUAAAAUACUGUUAA